UAAAUAACCAUCAUUACAUUGUUACAAUAAUUUCAUAUUAAAUAAUUCAAGAUCAAUUAUUUUAAUUUUCCCGCUGAAAUAUAUGAUGAUUAUUUAUUAAUUUAUAAUAAGCUUCUAUUCUGUGAAUAUAAUUUGAAUAUGCACCCCAGUAACAAGAUAAUAAGACAAUUAUGAUACAAUAAAUAUUAGAUUUGAUAUAUAUGCGACAUAAAAGAUAUUUGCGACAUGCUGGCGUCUCUAACUCAUAAUAAUUUCAUAGAUACUUAUUAUUAUCAUCGGAAUAGAAGGAACAUAAUGAUAGGGGAAAUUUCAAAGUAGAAAAUAAAUUUAGUAGCAUCGCAAUAAUAUAUUAUUUUAAAAUGUACACGAUACUUCCAGGGAGCUUUGUUGUAUUGCAAGCAAUAGGACUUUGGAAACCUCACACACAUCAAAAACACAAUAACGAUAGUUCAUCUCUGAUAUACAAUUUUUGGUAUCGGCUUCGCACAUUUGUAAUAUUUUUUCUUAUUUAUUCUUUUACAAUUACUGGAAUAACUGGAUUAAUAUUUACUACUAAAAAUAUUGGAGAUGUUACAAGUGACUGUUUUAUAUUAUUAUCUAUUUUUGCUAUUUGUGGUAAAAUAGCUAAUAUUGUAUGGAGUCGUGAAACAAUUAUUUUGAUAUUGAAUACACUUGAAACAAAUCCAUGCAAGCCGAUUAAUGAUGAUGAAAUUAUUAUUCAAGAAAAAGUUGAUCGUCUUAUUUGGCACAGCACACUCGUAUAUGGAAUAUUAACAGAAAUAACAGUAUUUAUGGUAACAUUUGGUACCUUAUUAUUAAAAUUACCAAUAGGUACUUUGCCAUACAACACCUACCUACCAUGGGAUUAUUCACACGGAUUUUUGUACUGGCUUGCUUAUGGUUACCAAAUAAUAAGUGUCUGUUUGUCAGCUAAUUCAGACAUCGGCUUUGAUACUCUUGUUCCAGGGCUUAUGCUGCAAAUAAGCGCUAAAUUAGAAAUACUAAAAUAUCGUUUUAUUAAUUUAGUCGAUACGCUUAAAUUAACAACCCACUGGAAUAGUAAUAAAAAUAAUAAAGAUAAUUUGGAGAUUGAAAAUAAAUUAAUUGCUGAUUACGUAAAGUGUCAUCUAAUUAUUCUCAAAUUAGCUGACACCAUUAACGAAACAUUUAAUAAAGUUAUAUUUCUUCAAUUUUUUAUAAGCUCUAUUGUAUUAUGCAUAAGUGUUUAUAACUUGGCUAUUUUAGAUGCUUUUUCAACUGAAUUUACUAGCAUUGUGCUUUAUUUAUCUUGCAUGUUGAUGGAAAUUUUUAUUCUUUGUGCAGCUGGCAAUCAAGUGACAAUAGUGAGUUCAACAUUAAGUGACGCUAUUUAUAAUACUGACUGGAUAAAUUUAAAUACAUCAACCGUGAAAAGUUUAAUAAUCAUAAUGAAUCGUGGACAAAAACCAAUUAUUUUUUCAAGUGGAAAUGUUAUUAAAUUAUCAUACGACUCUUUUAAAACGCUGAUUAAAAUGUCUUACUCUGCAUAUAAUGUGCUACAAAGGACCUGAAAUAAAUAAUUAAUCAUAUUGAGAAAUACACACUAACAUGUAAUAGUAUUUGGAUGGUGAUAAGCAAUAAUUAUGACAUUACAAUAAGCGCAGUUGACCAUUUAAAAAAUUUUUUUUUUAAUAAA